AGUAAAAAAUAAAUAAUUUCUUAACUAUAAUAAAUAGACAUCAUGAAAUUAGAACCAUGUUUGCAUUGACUCCAUUAUGCAGUACUUAUACCUUGUUACAUACCUAGUUACUAAAGAUGUAGUUACAUUACAGAAAAAAUAAAUAACUUAAAAACACGAUGAAAACAUGCAGCAAGCAAGUCAAUGGAAUAUAAAAAAAAAAAAUAUUUUACUUACUUACUAUAUAACUUUAAAAAUUCCCUAAAAUCAGCUCCGCUUUACUUAUGUAUUAAAAAUAAUGAUCUUGAUCCUUGAUCAAUAAAACAGCUAAAUAAUAAAAUACAAACGCCGUUUAUGAAAGCUGAAAGAUCCACAUUUUAUAUUUGGUGAUCAAUUAAAAUCUUAUCCAAGCUAUCAAUAUCGAUAUUAUGGAAUCAGAAAUAUCGAACAAAGAAAUAACUAGCACAACUUUAGAAGAUAACGCCACUACAGACUUAAUGGCACACCACAUGGCAUUAACGACUAUGAGCGAUGGUUUACUUGAAAAAAAUGUUGAAGAUAAUAAUAUGAAACUUGAGGUACGGGAUGAAAUCAAAAUCACUGAAAUUAAACCAGUAGAUUGGAAAUCAGUUUGCGGGAUACUGGCUCUUGGGCUUAUCCAGGUCAUAGCUAGUGCUGUACUGGCAGUUUUUAGUUUAGAUUCUGGUGCACUGUUGGUUUUCAAUUUGGCUACCGAAGGAAUAAACGAUAUUAUUUAUGCAGUAAAAGAAGGAAUCAUUAAUCGAAAUAUUAAUUGGGCAACUUUCUUAAUACAAAAGGUAUUGAGUUUAAGUAUUUCUGUCAUGUUUGCUGGAGUAUUGGCCCUUAAAGAUGUAGUAAACACCUGUAAAUCGGGCUUUAAAAAUAACUAUAGUGAAAUAACCAAAGAAGGUUUUCAAUUGGUUGGCAAAAAAGUUGUUAUGGAACUUUCCAAGGGUAUCGCAAAAGAAACUAUCAGUGAAAUAGCAACUCAUGGUCUUGAGAAAACUGUAAUGCCAACACUUCGAUUUAAACUACUAGAAAGACCUAUACAAAACGCAAUAAUGAAUAACAAAUGCGUCGAAGCUUUGUUAUUAAAAGAUUUAAAAAAUAAAAGUACGAAAUACGCUAACUUUAUUAAAGCAUCUGCAUUUGAGCUUCUAGAUACAAACAACCAAAAUAAAAUCACAGAUAUUGGUCUCAAAAUUAGUAUUGCUAUUGCCGAUAGCAAAGGUUUUAUCGGUACAAGAAAAAUAACUCAAGCACUAUUUGCAGUAAAUGAAGUCUCCACUUUCCUUCCUUCUUUCCUUAAUGAUUUGAAAAUACGUAUAGAAGCUAAAGCCAAACAAGACAUAAUAUUGGGAGAACAUGAGGAAUGUCAGGCUUUUACAUCAGUGUUAAACCCAAAUGCACCGAUAGAAACGAACAAUGAUCAAAUUGAGCCGGUUGAAAUCAAGAAAGAAGAAAUUGAAAUGUAUGUUUCCAGGUUAUGCGAUGUUUUAGUUAAAGGAUUUGGAUAUAAAUUCAUGAGUAAAGUUAUCCAUCCUGUUAUUCAAGUUGGCGUUGGCUAUAGUAUGGAUAAAAUUGCUAGUAAGAUUGAAGGACCACUUCACACAGAUAUUGAAAAUUACAGAGCUAUGAAACGACAACUUCACUAUCAAAGUCAUGGAUAUAAUGAAUUUAUUAAUCAUGCUAAUUUCGAUGACAGCGAUCCUAAAACCCAAAAAGCAAUACAAAUCAUAAAUGACUCAGAGUUAGGAGGAAAGGUUGGUCUUUAUGAAAUGGGAGCUAUAUGUAAGGAGACAAAAAGACCGAUUGAAGUUUACAAUGAUCGGGGUGGGCUUCAGUUCACGAUUGCAGGAAAUAAAAAUGUUACACCCAUAAAAGUGCAAUACCAUAAAGACAUACAGCACUACACAAUGUUAGGAGGCAAAGAACCUGUGACUUUGGGAAAAGAACCUAACAUGUGUCUUUACAACGUAAUAAGCGAACAAUGUGGGACAGACCCGGAUGCCUUAAAGGCUGCUACAGUGGCACGAAUGAAGAAAAAUAUUGUAGAGUUUUCUAAGCAAUCGGCAGACAUAACUCGAUUGGAGAAGAAUGAUCCUAUGAGGCUUUGUCCGGGGGGUGCGAAAUAUGAUGGAGUCAAUGCAAACGAUGCUGCAAGGAUUUUAGAUAACUCUGAUGGUAAUUUCUGCGUUUAUCCUCCUGGGAACUACAGGGGGCCGCCUCCUCCAGGCCACCCCCGCGGCCAUGCCGUCAACCCCGGCGCCAACAACUCCGUAGAACAAUACUCCAUGUACGGUGACAAAUCUGCAUUUAAUUCCAUCGACAUUCAGAAUUACGCGUGUCACAAAGCGCUGAGUCAUUCGAGAACGCAAGAUGCGAUGAACAGUCUGAACCAAGGCAGUUAUCGUGAAGUCCUGACGUUGACGACCCGGGAGCUAGAUCUAGGUGAUGAGUGGAGCAAAGCUAGCAAGUGGAGUGGAGGGAGGAGAGUCUAUGAUUUUGACUACACGAAUAUGCAGUUAGUUAUUGGCCACCAUAACGGCUCGUACAAAGAUCCAACAGCGGAUGUCUUCAUAACGUCAUUUUAUCCUAGAUAUAGAUAACCAUUUGGCUAUUUUUUAAAUUGCACGUAAACUUUUUCUAAUGCCAACUUUUUUUCAUAGCUCUUCACCUUCGGCUGUAUUGAUUCCUUAUUUUUUAGCACUUUUAUAUCUUUUUAUGAAUAAUUUAUACACUGCCUUAUAUUAAAAUAGAUUAAUUUACAACACUU